CUCGGAAGGAGCGUUCAGCCGGGGGGAGAGAUGCGCCGGCCCCAGCCGCUGCUGGCCCUGCUGCUCCUGCUCUGCUGCCCAUGGGCCAACACCCGUGCUCUGCGGGGUCGGAUCACAGGCGGCCACGAGGCUCAGCCCCACUCCCACCCCUACAUGGCAUACCUGAAGUCUGGUAGGUUUUUCUGUGGGGGCUUCCUCGUGGCCCCUUCCUGGGUGAUGACGGCUGCACACUGCCUGGGGAACAUCACGGUCGUCCUGGGAGCUCACAACAUCAAUGAACCAGAGACGACCCAGCAGAUCCGGGGAGUUCUCAGAUACCACCCGCACCCUGAAUACGAUCCCAAAACGCUGUCCAACGACAUCAUGCUCCUCAAGCUGACAGCGAAGGCCACUCUCAACAAGUACGUCAAGACCAUCAAGCUGCCCAAGACCUGCAGGGACCUCCGAACAGGCACCAGGUGUAGCCUGGCAGGGUGGGGCCGGACCGAUGAGGACCAGGAGACCGACAAGCUCUUUGAGACCAAAGUCUCCAUCUACAGCCGCAGGAAAUGCAUCUGCUUGUACCCGGGGCUCAACAACGGCAUGGUCUGUGCCGGCAGCUUCCACGAGCUCAACGACUCCAGCCAGGGAGAUUCUGGUGGGCCUCUAGUGUGCAAAAAUGUGGCUGAAGGCAUUGUUUCCUUUGGGUACAAAAAUGCUCCUGGGGUCUAUGCCCGCGUUGCCAACUACCUGCCCUGGAUCAGAAAAACCAUGAAGAAGUAGUGGCAGCAGCAUCAGUGCAGCCUUGGAGCCUGCACUGGUUUCCCUCCUGCACCUGCUGAAGGCUUGACUCCCUCCCCCCUCCUUGGGAGCUGGUGCAACCGAGUGGAUGGGCACAAGGAUCCCUUUCCUUACCCAGGACAGGGACUGACUGUUCCGGGGCCGCUGCCCAUCUGGGUCCCUGCCCGUUUCAGGAAGCCAGUCCUGGGCCAUGCUGUAUCACCUCGGCAGAGGCAGGGAUUGUCCCAGACAGCCCUAGAAAGAGGCUGAGCUACCAGGACCCCGUUUCCUUUGCAGAUGCCCCCUGUCCCUGCUUGAACCUUGUCACACAUGUAACACCUACAGUAAACUCAGAGCUGCGUUUUGUGGCGCAUCCA